AUGGACAACGUCAACGCGCUCGCAGCUGCCCACGCGCCCCGCCGCGACUCCAUCCAGGCCCAGCUCGACCUGGUCACCACCAAGCUCGCCCGCCCGCAGUUCCUCAAGACCCUCACCCCCAGCCGCCUGCCGUCACAGGCCGCCUCGGACGCGUCGCUGUCGCCCAGAGACCGCGACAGAGACGGCCCCGCCUCCCACCACCGCCGCGCCCAGAGCCUCGUCCGCAUCAGCCCGCGCGUGAGCGUCCUCAGCAGUGAGCCCUCCGAGAAAACCUACCAUGCCGACGCCCUGCGCAAGAGCACCUCGCUACUGACCUUCGAAUAUGGAGCAAGACCUCUAGCCGACGUCCACCUCGACGCCUACCAGGAGCUGCGCGAGUCCGAGGCCAAGGCCCGCCAAGCUACCCGCAACAUGUCUGCCAACCAGGGCUUCCAGACUUUCGACCACGGCCACCAGGACCUGGUCCUGGCCGUUGACUUCAACUUCUUCGGCACUCGCAUGGUCACCGCCUCGUCCGACCACCGCCUCAAGGUCUGGGACCGCAAGGACGAAACCUGGUCCCUAGUCGACAGCUGGAAGGCGCAUGAUGCCGAGAUCGUCGAAGUCAAAUGGAAUGGCCCGUUCAUGGGUGAGGUCAUUGGCAGCAUCGGUGAAGACGGCCGUUUCAAAGUCUGGCAGGAGGAUGUGACCGAGAUCGCCAACACCGGUCGUCGCUUCAAACUCAUCUACAGCCAAGUCUCCGAGACGCGCACGCCAUUCAUGUCACUCGACUUCAAACAGAUCAUGCAGGAAACUUGGGUCGCACUCAUCACUCGCGAUGGCAUGCUCACUGUGAACGAACCCAUCGACCAUGGAAAUCUGUCUGAGUGGCAGAUUCUUGCACAAACUCAGGUCUUGCAGCCGCCGCCCCCGCGCUCCGAGGAGGCGAGUUUCCGCGUGUGCUUCCACAAGGAGCAGCUUCCCUGCUGGAGCGCCGUCAGUGCGGGCUUAGACAGACGCGCCUUGUCACUCGCUGUCGCCGCCAUGGAUAUGGUCAGGGUCUAUCGCAGUGACAAGAACCGCCGCUUCUACAUUGCAGCCGAGCUUACCGGCUCCCGGAGCAUCCUCCGCGACGUGGCAUGGGCCAACGGCUCUAUGCGCGGAACGGACAUCAUAGCGACUGCAAGCAAGGACGGCUCGAUCCGCAUAUAUGAACUCUCCACCCCUGAAAGCCCGCAGCAGUCCACGCUUGCUGUCCCAGCCGCACCUGAGCCCCAGCCAUCUCCUCACGGUCGCCGUAACGCGCCAUCGGGCAUUGGAGCGGGCCUUGCCGGUGCAUCUCGGGUCGGUGACGGCCAUGAGAACGACCAAGAUCCCGGCCGCGUCAAGCACCAUGUCAAGAUGGCCGCAGAGCUGGACUCCCACCAUGGAGCGGCCUGGCGUGUAUCCUUUUCUCAAAUGGGUAUGCGAAAGAUUCUUUCUGUAGACGACCUGUUCUCUCGUGGUAACCAUGAUGCAGGUGAUCUCCUUGUGUCCACUGGCGACGACGGUGCCAUUCGCACAUGGAAGAAGGCGAGCAACAGUCGUUGGCUCGAGUACGCCGAAAUAGAUACAGGAAAAGGCUAG